GAAUAGAACGGUCGCGUCUCAAGAAACGCAUUCAGGCGCAAAGGGACGCGAUAGUCACCCUCGCCUGAUUCUUGCAUAUGAAAAGAAACUGUAUAAUUUGACUGAUUGUCUGCUACGGACGUGCCUCCUCCGAGCUCCGGUGUUCGAUUGAAUUGAAUCUUCAACUAACACCAAAUUCAACCUCAGUCUAUUUGGAAUUUACAUUUUGUGAAUUCACCAUACUACUCUUCGGAAUUUCAUCGUGGAAAAUAUCAAAAUUAUUUCUCUGAUUUUCGGAAACCACGCUCAAUUUUGUAUUCGGCGCCAAAUAUACCACGUGACCAAGCGAUUGGUCUCAGUGAAAGGAAACCAAUUAUCCCUUUCCGCCGACCCAACUCCGUAUAGUAUUUGAAUUGUUUUGUGUAUUGGGAUUGCCAAGAGCCCCAGCCCGUGUCCAGAUGGCUACUACUCUCUGGCCAACGCCACCACCUGCAUCCCGUGUCCAGGGGGCUACGAGUGCACCAUGCAUCCAGUCUGCUGACCCUGUGCUCUGUACGGCUGGAACCUACGCGCCCAACGGUAGCGUUGCGUGCCAGGACUGUAUACUGCCCAGUUGAUGGAUUAGUGGAACCAAUCGGGGUUAUUUCUCUGAGGGUGGACUAACGGAGUGCCAUGCCUGUCCAGCAGGAUACCAAUGUCCAUCCACAUCGGUCAACAGCUCUGUUCCCUGUGGCAUUAAUUGGCUACUACUCUGACGCUGGGGCACAGUCUUGCACAAGAUGUCCGCCAGGCAAGGAAUGUCCAGACCGUGACGAUUCUUCCACCAUCGUUGAUUGCGAGGAGGGCUACUACAGUGGAGGUGGUCAAGAGAGCUGUACGAUCUGCCCCGCUGGAAAGGCUUGCCCUUACACAUCCAGCACGUACCAGAAGUCAUGCACAGAAGGCUACUAUGCAGUAGCAGGCUCAACGGAAUGUACUUCAUGUCCAGCGGGAGAGUUCUGUAAUGACACCAAGACUUCGCCGGAAACCUGUCCAGAUGGAUAUUACAGUGACGGUUAUUACUGCGAUGAUGGACUGAACGAGCUUGCGUGUCCGGCCGGUACCUAUGGGAACAGGACCAAUGCAGCCACAGCAGAGGAAGGGUACAUGUAUGCUGCAUGCCCUGAAGGUUAUUUCUGUCCUCAGGAUCCUGUCAUCGGGACCCCCACUGUGGAGUACUUGUGCCCCCGCGGGUACUUCUGUGAGUUCUCUACCGAGACAUCCACCGAACACCCCUGCAUGGCCGGCUCCUAUGGCACGGACCUCGAAUUUACGAAACAAGACGACUGCUCAAACUGCCCCAUUGGGUUCUACUGCCCUGCAGGUACCAGUUUGCCGCGAGCUUGUCCCAAGGGUUACUACUGUCCUGAAAGCACUUGGGCAGGUGAUGCCAACCCUUUCCCGGAUGGUACAUUCACAGAAGUGGAAGGACCCGAAUCUCAAACGGAAUGCAAGACUUGCCCUGCUGGUUACUAUACUGCCCAUCGGGUACCGACACACCCCAGGCCUGCCCUGCUGGCACCUUCAAUCCCUCUGUUGGGCAGAAUGAGGAAACCGACUGUACCGACUGUACCGACUGUACCGCCGGUUACGCCUGCACAACCAUUGCCUUGGUAGAGCCUGAUACCUUCUGCUACCCUGGGUACUUUUGUCCACUAGGAAGCGACAGUCCUAAUGCUGCUGCAAACGCUUGCCCAGCUGGAACGUUUAAUGACUUUCACAAUCUGACCGCAGCCUUCCAGUGUGAUACCUGCGAAGAAUAGUUUGCUUGUUAUGAAGGUACGGGCAGUAUCCAACAGCCUCCUUCGGAAGGCGCCGAGGGUCACUACUGUCCAGCUGGUACUCAGCACUCUGAACAGUACCCCUGUCCUGCUGGCUCCUGGACCAAUCAAACCAAUCUGAAAUCCGUUGAAGAAUGCUACGAAUGUCCCAGAAGAUACUACUGUCUAGAGGCUUCAACGGAACUGACUGCACAGUGUCCAAAGGUCCACUACUGUCCAGCAGGGACCCAGUCAGCUAACCAGUAUCCAUGCCAUGCCGGCUCCUACUCCAAUGAUUAGGGGAACAUCAGAUGGGAGCAGUGCGUUGAUUGUACGGAGGGCCACUACUGCCCAGAAGGCUCAUCGUUACCAACGGCAUGCCCAGCUAGAACUUUCCGUGUGGAAGAAGAAGGCCAGAGUGAAUCGGACUGUUCUACAUGCACGGACGGUCACUAUUGUAAUGGAACAGGCAAUGUUGAGCCAGCUGAAUGCUCCAAAGGAACAUAUUUUUUCCAGGACUGGGGAGCCACUGAUUGUACCACUUGUGAAGCGGGUUACUACUGUGAUGUACGAGCCACCACUCAAGACAACAUGUACGCCUAUAAGAUCUGCCCUGCUGGGUUCACCUGUGACUACGGAUGCACCACUGCUCCAGAUCUCUUUAGCAAUGCUUGCGUGGCCGGCUCGUACUGCUUGAGCGGAGAUAAGGACCCGUUCCCCCGGCACUGUCUCAAUGGAACCUACAGCGAUGAGACGGGUCUGAUCCAGGAAUCUGAUGCCAGACCUGCCCUGCAGGGCAGUACUGCAAUCCCAUAGGACUCACAUCACCAGCGGGCGACUGUCCAGGUGGUUAUUACUGUCCCGCGGGGACGACUGAUCCUUACGAGAACCCCUGCCCGGCGUCCUUCUACCUCAACGCAAGUGCUGGUGAAGACUCGCAAGGAU